AGCAGCAUGAGGAUGGAGAACCAGAGCAGCGUGUCUGAGUUCCUCCUCCUGGGGCUCCCCAUCUCGCUGGAGCAGCAGGGCAUGUUCUUCACACUGUUCCUGGUCAUAUACAUGACCACAGUUCUGGGGAACCUGCUAAUCAUCCUGCUUGUCAAGCUGGAUUCUCGCCUCCACACCCCCAUGUACUUCUUCCUCAGCCACUUGGCCCUGACUGAUGUUUCCUUCUCCUCCGUCACUGUCCCAAAGAUGCUGUUGAACAUGCAGACUCAGCACCUAUCCAUAUCCUAUCCAGGAUGUGUUUUACAGAUGUAUUUUUACCUACUUUUUGGUUGUGUGGAUAAUCUCCUUCUUGCAGUGAUGGCAUAUGACAGGUAUGUGGCCAUCUGUCACCCUCUGCGUUACACCACCAUCAUGAGGGAGGGGCUCUGUGUGCUGCUGGUGGGUGGCUCCUGGGUUCUUUCCUGUGGCAGUGCCCUCUUGCACACACUCCUCCUGGUCCAAGUGUCCUUCUGUGCUGACAACAUCAUUCCCCACUUUUUCUGUAGCCUCUCCAUUCUACUUAAGUUGUCCUGCUCAAAUACCUCCCUCAAUGAGCUGGUCAUAUUCACUGCAGGGGGUGCAACUGUCAUUUUUCCUUUUAGUGGCAUCCUGGUCUCUUAUGGCUGCAUUGGGGCUUCUCUACUGAGGGUCCCCUCUACUAAAAGGAUUUGUAAAGCCUUGUCCACCUGUGGGUCCCAUCUCUCUGUGGUGUCUCUAUUCUAUGGAACAGUUAUGGCACUGUACUUUUCUUCCUCAUUGAGCAAGUCCAAUGUCAGAGACAUGAUUGCCUCACUGAUGUAUACAGUGGUGACCCCCAUGUUGAACCCCUUCAUCUAUAGCCUAAGGAACAGAGACAUCAAAUUGGCUCUUGGGAUUCUUUUCAGAAGCAGUAUCCUUUGUGCCAAGUGA